AUGCGGCAUGGCGGCGCUGAGCUGGUCGGAUCAUUGCCGGGAACUGAAAGGCUUCUGAUCAAUUUCACGCAGCAUUCCGGCUUCCUCCAAGCUUCUGCCACACAUAAACUCUUCUACUGGUGCGCAACCGAAUAUCAUCUGUUCGUUGAGUCGGAUAAAGAUGCGACAAAAAAACCGCUAAUAAUAUGGUUCAGCGGUGGGCCAGGAUGUUCGUCGGUGGUGGCACUUCUCAAUGCAAUUGGUCCAUUCGAAUUCGCGCAAAAUGGACAUUUGCAACUAAAUCCUUACUCGUGGCAUAAGACAAUAAAGGAAAAUUACGAUGCAAUCAAAGACUUUUUCAAAAAGCAUCCAAAAUUUCUCAAAAAUCCACUGUAUUUAAUGGGUGAAAGCUACGCAGGCAUUUUUGUUCCAGUGCUUGCAGUCCAUAUUCUGAAAAAUGGCAAAGACAACAAAUUCAAUUUGAAGGGACUAGCAUUGGGAAAUCCAUUUCUUCAUGAAGUGCUUAAUAUCCACACGUCACUAAUAUAUGCAUACGAGCAUGCUCUGAUUGAUCAGCACGACUGGGACAAUUUUGUGGAAGAUUGCUGCCAUGGCUGUGAAGAUGGUUGCGACUUCAGGCCCGGCCGACUCCGGGGGCCCUGUCUCACUGCCGUAAAUGACAUGUAUGCAGAAAUUUGGAAUUCCGGUUUAAAUCCAUUUGAUAUUUACCGUGAUUGUAGCCCAAAUUCGGCAAAUCUACAGCUCCAGGCAGAAAAGUCGGGACUUAGUCUCGUUGGCUAUAAGUUCCUUGGUCCGGCAGAGGUUACAAAAAGCUAUAAGAAGGAGUACGAUGAUAUGUCUGCAACAUUUAAAUGGCUCAUGUCAAAAAAAUUUUCCAUACUACUUUAUUACGGAGAUACCGAUUUGGUAUGCAAUUUCCUAAUGGGUCAACGCUUCGCAUACAAGCUCAAUUUGAAGAUGUCCGGAAGAGAGAAGCAAAACUGGCACGUCGAUGGACACGCUGGUUUCAAAACUUUGUACCAAACAGCAUCUGCAAAUCUAACAUUUCUGACGGUACGAGGCGCGGGGCACAUGGCUGCGCAGUGGCGUGCACCACAGGUGUUCCAUGCUGUAAGCCAGUUCAUCCAAAACAAGGAGUUGUCCUGA